UUCCGCGUCUUCAUUAUUCACUGCUCCAAUUUCUUCUUUUGUUUGGGUCUAGGGUUCAGAAAGAAAAACUAAAGAUGAUGUACGAGUCGCGGCAUAAUAAUCAGCAGCCGCAGCGAUGGAUGAAGAAGAAAUCACUAGAAAAAUCCGAAGGAUCGGAAAAAAAAAUGGAUCAGAUUCUGGAUUUGAGCGGCUUAUCUCUCGAUUCUCUCCCCAAUCCCACUCUCAAUCUCGCCGCCAUCUCCCAUCUCGACCUCUCCAACAACAAUCUCCAGAUGAUACCGGAAUCGUUAACGGCGAGGCUGCUGAAUUUGGUGGCGUUCGAUGUGCAUUCGAAUCAACUGAAAUCGCUUCCCAAUUCCAUCGGCUGCCUCUCUAAGCUUAAGAUUCUCAAUCUCUCCGGCAACCUCAUCGCCUCUCUCCCCUCCACCAUCGACAAUUGCAAAUCAUUGGAAGAACUCAACGCCAACUUCAACCAGUUAACCAGGCUUCCGGACACCAUAGGAUUUGAGUUGACCAAUCUCAAGAAGCUAACGGUCAACUCCAACAAGCUGGCAUUCCUUCCCCACACUCUCUCCCACCUGACCGCCCUGCGCGUGCUCGACACGCACCUCAACUGCCUCCGAUCCCUCCCCGACGACCUCGAGAAUCUCAUCAACCUCCAAGUCCUUAAUGUCAGCCAGAACUUCCAGUUCCUCCAAGCCCUCCCCUACUCCAUUGGCCUCCUCAUCUCCCUCGUCGAACUCGACGUUAGCUACAACAAGAUCACCGCCCUCCCGGACUCCAUCGGCUGCCUCAGGAAUCUCAAGAAGCUCACAGUCGAGGGCAACCCUCUCGCUUCACCCCCACCUGAGGUGAUCGAGCAGGGAUUGGAUGCCGUGAGAGUAUACUUGAGCGAUCAGAUGAAUGGAGUGCACAGAAGAUCCCAGAAGAAGAGGUCGUGGGUUGGGAAGUUGGUCAAGUAUGGGACUUUCAACAGUAGAGGCAAUGGAGUCAGUCGGGAGGAAAAGGAAGGGUUCAUCAUGCCUGAGUAUCGAUCUAUCGAUGGCAUGGCUUCACCGAGGUACAUGGGAAUGUUCUCGCCACGCCGCCUGUUCUCGCCCCGGCAUUCAUUCUCCAAGUGAGAAAGCAAAAACUUAUUUCCCAGAAUAUUUGAAAGAUUCAGGUGAAGUAAUAAGAUGAUGUAUAGAUAAGCUAGUAGUGACAAGGGUGGUGUUGUAGUUAUAAGCAGCAGAAAAACAAGGAUGAGAAUAGGGUAUGUGUUUCUGAUUGGUUGAUGUUUGUCUGUAAAUUGACAAGGCAAAUGUAUACAAUCUGUGUCUGUCUGAUCUUUUUUGGCAACAUUUAUGUUAUUUGCUCCACAGGUUCAUAUGAAGUAUUGUUUAGACAA